AUGGGGCUUCAGACCACCGCGGCGGGUCUCGUACCGGUCUUUACUUUGCCUGCGUUGGGCUGGGCGGUCCUGACGGAGGCCCUGUCCAGGAGACGCGUGUCCCGUCCGAGGGCACUGGGCCAGCUCAUCCAGGUGAAGCCAGAGGUGAUGUCAUAUCCUGGUCAGAAUGUGGAGCUGCCCUGCAAGUUCGUCAACCCAGGAAGCACCCGGGUGUCCCAGGUGUCGUGGUUCCUUGAGCCGUCGGAAGCCGAGCGCAUCAACAUCGCCGUGUUCCACCCCGCGUUCGGAGCCAGCUACCCCGACUCGCCGGUCAAGGACAGAGUGACCUUCACCGCCCCCACGCUGGACACGCCCUCCAUCCAGAUCUCCGACGUCAAGAUGGCCGACGAGGGACGCUACAUCUGCGAAUACGCCACCUACCCCACGGGCCACGCCCAGGGCAUCACCAACCUCGUCAUGCUGGCCAAACCCGAGAACUCGGGUUCCGCGGUAACGGUUGUGGCGGGCGAUAAGUCGGUGGUGGUGGCGCAGUGUGAGUCGGCUAACGGCCGUCCGGCGUCUAAGAUCCGCUGGGUGACCUCGGUCAACGGCAACGUUACCAUGACGACCACGCAAGAGCCGGACAACACGGUGAGCGUCAGCAGCGACUACAGACUGACCCCCACGCCCGCCGACAACGGGAAGGACAUCAGCUGCGUGGUGGAGCACCGCACACAGGCCAAACCCAACAGCUUUCCUAUGAAGCUCGCCAUCAAGUAUCUCCCCAUGGUCUCCAUAGAAGGCUAUGAUAAUAACUGGUACAUGGGACGCACCAACGUGGAGCUCACCUGUCAAGCCAAAAGCAACCCCAUCCCCACCACCAUCACCUGGAGAAUGCUGGCGGGCCACAUGCCGGACAUGGUGCAGGUGACGGAGAACAAGCUGAAGGUUCUAAAGGUGGACGAGACGGUCAACACCACCUUCAUCUGCGAGGUCCGCAACCGCCUCGGCGUCGGCAAGAACCAGGUCACCGUCAACGUCAGAGCUGAAGCUCCUGAGCUCAUGAGCCAGGGCCCUCUUCAGGCCAUGAUGCAGCAGCCAGAGAGGAGACCAGAGGUGCUCAAACACAGGAACAGGAUAGGGCGAGUAACAGCAGCUCCGAUGAUGAUGAGGAAGAAGCAGCAGCAGUGA